GUCCAAAGAUGGCAAAAGGGCGGGAGGGCGCUUGAAGUGAAGUGCCAUUCUCAUCCCAACUGAGCGGAUGUCUCUGGCAGCGGAUGUCUAUGCGCGGAUGCUGGCCGUCCGAGCAUCCAUAUCCGCUGCCGAAUAUUCUGCAGGAUAUAAGGCCGACCGCAUGGGCCUGUUAGGUCCAUCCAUUCUUGACUUGUUCUCCACGGCGUUCUCUGCACACAUCGCAACAUGCCAACGCCGCGCUCGCGCUCUCUUUCUCCCGCCUCGGGCGAGGCCUCCCGAGCCGCCUCUGGCAAGCCCCGCUCAUCUUCGUUGUCCCCUGCGCCUGUGCGCCCUGAUGAACGCGCCGCGCCGCCCCCGCUACGCGGGAUCCUCCGAGGCUCUACCCCGAACUCCCACCGGCAUGCCGCCGCACCGGUUCGAGGUAUCCUGAAGAAACCGUCUUUGCAACCCCAGGCAUAUUCUACCGCUCCACCUUCGCGCGGGAAGGAGAUCAAGCAGGGAGAUGACACACCGAUACCGCAACGUUCCUCCAAAGAGCGGUCGCGGCCUCAUUCCGCAUCAGAUCCCGCGCCCCACUCGCGCGCCCCGAAUCCCCUGCUCAGGCAACGCAGUACAUCGCUCGCCAACGCGGAGGAAGACUACGUUGCUCGCGCGUGCGGCCAUCUGCCCCCCUUCCCCGAACAACACCGACAUCGCGACCGGGCCAGCACUCUUCAUUCUACGCCUGGCAGUGGCCUCGUGGGACAAGCUUCAAGGGACUCCGAUACGGAUGGAACGCAGAUCCGUCGUCCGCGAGGCCGCGCUACGUCCGCAUCACCCCACAAGUCUUCUCGCUCCUCGCAGUCUAAGUCCCCUUCGCCGGAGACGCGGAAUGCAAACGACCCGAUCCAGUUGCAAGGCAAGAGGGGUAACUCCGUCCCCCGUCUGCCCUUUCAGAUCGCGUACUACAAGGACGUAUUGCACGACCUGGCCCAGCUGCUGCAUGAGCGCCGCGAGAGGCUGGCGGACCACAUCGACCUGCAGGUGUUCACGGAGCAGAAGCAAUCUCAGCGCGAUGAGCGGGAGCACUAUCUGAAACACAAGGAUGAUCCUCCAGAGAAGGAGGAGAACUCUGAUACCAAACCUCCUAGGAUCUACUAUAUGUCCAUCAUUGGAAUGAUGGAGGUCUCGUCCACAACAAUUGUCAUGAACGGCUAUCAGCACGAUCUCCCCACAGCCAUGUACGAAAUUGUGGAGGAGCUCUACCGAACAGGCAUCUACGAGAGCGACCUCUUUCGCGGGCACCCAUCCAAGCACAACAUCGAUAAGAUGCGACGCAUAUUCGACCGGGGCUACAAGCGUUCGCCAGGGAUACGCAUCGGGCCCCUCGCCAAGUACCGCACCUGCGACAUCUGCGGACUGUUCGAGACGAUCCUCGAGCACCUGCCAGAGCCGCUGAUCCCACGCGACCUCAACUACGGAAUGUGGGCGUGGUGCGUGAAGCCCGUGCUCGAACGCGAGUGGGACAUCCUCUUCCCGCCGGUCAUUAAGCGGCGGCGAAAGACGCUCCGCGGGACCAUCCCCGAGAUGGAGCACAAGAUCAUCGAGGACCCGAACCUCACCCCCGAGGAGCGCCGCGCCGUCCGCGAGGCGUUCGACGCGCCCAUGGUUGAGCUCGCCCGUUAUGCGCUCCGCCUCCUCCCGGUGGAGCACCUCUCGCUCCUUGUGUACCUCUUCGACUUCUUCAAGCAGGUCAUUGCGUACCCGGGCAACGGCAUCGACGCGGAGUUCCUGGGGGAGAAGUUCGGGCACUACCUCCUGGGCGGGGCGAGCUACGCCGCUGGGCGAUCGCUCAUGGUGUGGAUGCUCGAUCGCUGGGAGCGGCUGUCGAAGGGCCUGCUGGACGUUGCCCCGCCCGGCACGCGCCGCUUCGUCACGCACGAGCCGGACCCUGCGCAUCUCCGCGCGGAGGAGGCACGCCGGCGUAAAUACGCUGUGUCGCCGCACCAGCCCUACCAGGAAGGGGCGGGCGACGAUGGCGAGGGCUCGUCAACGUCGUCGAGCGACACCACGAGCACGUUCCUCAACAGUUCUGAUGACGGUCAGGGUGGUGGUCAGUCGGGGUCUUUCCUUGGCUAUUACCUUGACGAGGAACCUCGCCGUGAGCACCCUCACCGUAAUGCCCGCGAGGCUCCUCGCCACUACGCUGGCCGUGAUUUCGACGAGGAGUCCGUGUGCACUCCGAAGCCACGCAGGCGCUCCGAGUCGAGGGGCCGUGACGAACGCCCCCGGUCUCGCCACCAUGUCGAUGAAGGCGACGAUGACGAUCUCGACUUAUCCGACGCGGAUCGCUGCAUCGCCGAGCUCGAACGCGAGCUUCAGCAGAGCAAGUCGCUGCGGCGUCUUCUGCGCAGAGAACAACCACCAUCUCGCAAACACCAUGACAUGUUGGAUCAGGAUUGCGGCGACGAGUACAGUCAUUAUUUCUAACUUAUGCGACACUGUAUCGGACCAUGUCAUGACAUAUCAUACCAUACCAUACUGUACUAUAUAUCACAGAAAGGGAAUCGCAAGGAGCAGUCAUGUAGCGAUAGAUACCAAGAAUGAG